CAAACGAAGGUUGAUUCACUCAAAGCACAUGCGCACCUCCGCUUCCCUUUCCCUUCUCGAAUCAAACUUAGACAGCUAAUCCUCGACGUUUGUCAAGCGCCUUUCAUAAAAGCCUCGGUUCUACGUUCAGAAUCCUGCUCUCCACCAUUAUAUCUCUACGUUCUCACUAUAGCGAACACCUCGGAGCAGUCAUGCGAUUCCUCACUCUUGCCGUCACUUUGAUGCAGGUCGUCAUAGGCGUCGCUCGGCCAAUCGAUGAGCCAGCCCCUCCUGCAUUUAUGAUUAUGACUGCCCGGGAGCCCGGCACCCAGGGCACCCAGGGCACCACAAAUCUACCCAACUACGACAUGCUCAUACUCCACAUUGACACCAACCAGCGAGGCCAGUGGUAUCACAUUGACCGCAUCAUGGUCAAGUACUCGACGUGCAUGGCCUGGAUCGAUGUUGACAAAUUGGGCGGCAUCUCUUCGCUCGAGUCAUUCAAGAACCAGCAAGGCCUCCCCUUCUACUGCUUCAACUACGCCUCAACCGAUUGCUCAGGCGAUACGUAUUGGUGGAAGGGUGUGAUUCGUCUGGAUAGCUUGCCAUCUAAUUGGGACAACAAGAUUCGCAGCACACGCUGCCAUCAUGGUCGCUUCCCGGAUGACAUUCCUCCUCCCGACGCGAAGCGCGAAGAGGCUACCCUUCUGGUAGGUUCCACUACGCACGAGCCGUCUUAAUUCAGAGCUGGAAAACCUUGUUCUUCUCCCGGUUGGAGAACGUGGAAGUCGAGCGUAUCUGUGUUCUUCUCCGGCUGUUGGCAGGUUUUGCUUAGGAAUAGCGAUAUGUGACUUUGGGAAUCACCAUGG